AUCCCUUCGUGUUCCAGGGCGCGGCUGGCUGCGACUUGUACCCCAAUGGCUCCUAUACCAAAUUCUACCACCUCGCCUACAAUGGCAAGGACUUCCUUCGCUUCGACGUGGACAACAGCCGCUGGGAGAGGCGGCAGGAGAGUGAGCUGGCGGCACAAGUUGAGAGGCAGUUCACCACCUUCACUGACUUUUCUGCGAACCUGCAGCACCUUCUCAAUGUCACCUGUGUUGACCACAUGAAGAAAUUCAUCAGGUAUGGGAAGUCAGCUCUGGAGAGACAAG